AAGAUUCCACUCUCUCUCUUCCCCUCGCCGUCAUAGUCGUCGAACAAUAAAGAGCGUCCGACUUCUAGCUUGCCCGGAUGGUGAAUCAAUGAUACCUUCUCAUCCUUUUCCUCCUCCUCCGUACACGUAUCUCUAUUUACAGGCACUCCCGUCUUCGAAUCAAACCUUUUGAAUACCCACAAGUCGAAAAGAGAGGGGGGGGGGGAGAGAGAGAAUGCGUGUGUCUUUGAUAUUAGUUGUAACUGAGAGAGAUUCGGUUUGAACAUCCGAUAAGUCGAGUCGAGCUUGCCCUCCAUCGAUCUCUCUUUCUCUGGCCUCCUCACCCUCUCAUCGGGGUGGCGAAGGCCGUCAUCGCAAAAUGGCUGCGGCGUCAUCCAGUAACUGCCUCCAGAGCACGCUGCAGGCAGCCGUCCAAUCAGUUAAAUGGACCUAUAGUCUCUUCUGGCAAAUCUGUCCUCAGCAAGGGAUCCUGAUAUGGGGAGAUGGGUAUUACAACGGGCCGAUCAAAACGAGAAAGACGGUGCAGCCCAUGGAAGUGAGCGCCGAGGAGGCCUCGUUACAGAGAAGCCAGCAGCUCCGGGAGCUCUAUGAUUCCCUCUCCGCUUGCGAGACGAACCAGCCUCCCGCAAGGCGGCCUUCCGCGGCGCUCUCGCCCGAGGACCUGACCGAGACAGAAUGGUUCUACCUGAUGUGUGUCUCCUUCUCAUUUCCUCCCGGGAGUUGUAUGUAUGUGUGCAGGUUACCGGGGAAAGCGUACUCAAGGAGGCAGCAUGUAUGGCUUACCGGAGCGAACGAAGUUGAUAGCAAGACCUUUUCAAGAGCUAUCUUAGCUAAGAGCGCUCGUAUACAGACAGUGGUGUGCAUUCCUCUGUUAGACGGCGUCGUCGAACUGGGAACAACAGAAAAGGUACAAGAGGACGUUGGAUUUACAACCCAUGUGAAGAGCUUCUUCGCGGACCACCAACCUCCUCACCCGCCAAAGCCGGCCCUCUCAGAGCACUCCACCUCCAAUCCGGCAACAUCCUCCGGCCACCCUCGUUUCAACUACUCGCCACCUGGCUCGACCAUCAUGUACACGGCAGCUGCCGUGGAUCCCCCAGUGGCUGCUCACCAAGCAGAUGCAGAUGAUGAUGAGGAGGACGAGGAAGAGGAAGACGAAGAGGAUCAUGCGGAGUCCGACUCCGAGGCUGAGACUGGCCGAGCUGCCAGCCACCAGCAGGUGGUAGGUCAGCAUAACCCUCAAGCAGGAUUGGUUGGGGCAGCCGAACAGAGCGAGCUCAUGCAGCUCGAGAUGUCGGAGGACAUUCGGUUGGGCUCACCUGAUGAUGGGUCAAAUAACCUGGAUUCAGAUUUCCAUAUGCUUACAGUGAAUAAAGCAGUAGGGAAUAUAAUUAACCCAGCAGAUCACCAGCGCCGGGUCGAUUCAUUCCGGGCUGAGUCAAGCAGGAGGUGGCAGAUGCCGGAAGGCCCCCCGAGGAGCAGCGGCCUCAAUGUAGGCCCUCCUCCACACUUGCAUGAAUUAUCGCAAGAGGAUACACACUACUCUCAGACGAUCUCGACCAUCCUUCAAGGCCAGCCAAACCGAUGGGCGGAGAUGUCAUCGGUGACUGGCUAUGUCUUGUACUCGGCUCAGUCGGCCUUCUCUAAGUGGAUGGCCCGAGCUGACCACCUGCUCCAUGUCCCCACAGAGGGCACAUCCCAGUGGCUCCUCAAGUACAUUCUGUUCAGUGUACCGUUCCUGCACAACAAGUACAAGGAUGAGAACUCACCCAAAUCCCGGGAUGGUGAAUCCUCGGCCCGGUUCCGCAAGGGCACUCCACAGGAUGAGCUGAGUGCAAACCAUGUGCUGGCGGAGAGAAGGCGCCGGGAGAAGCUGAACGAGAGAUUCAUUAUAUUGAGGUCACUGGUCCCAUUUGUCACCAAAAUGGACAAGGCCUCGAUACUGGGAGACACGAUCGAGUACGUGAAGCAGUUGCGCAUGAGGAUUCAAGACCUCGAAACAAAAAUUAGGCAGAUGGAGACAGACCUGAGGUCGAGGCUAGGAGACCCGGCGAGGUUGAGCAGCUCCAAGGAGCAGAGGUCAAGCAGCGCUGGCGCUGUCGACAGGGCCGCAUGUUCAGCCCCUCCGGGGACAGAAAAGAGGAAAAUGAGGAUCGUGGAGGGUAGUGGCACCGUGGUGAAGCCGAAAGCCGUGGAGUCCCCACCACCACCACCAACACCGACAUCGAUGGAGACCAGUGUGCAGGUCUCAAUCAUAGAGAGCAACGGGUUAAUCGAGCUACAGUGCCCACACAAAGAGGGUCUGCUGCUUGAUGUCAUGCAGAUGCUCCGAGAGCUAAGGAUCGAGAUAACCGCAGUCCAAUCGUCUCUGACCAACGGUUUCUUCAUGGCCGAAUUGAAAGCCAAGGUGAAAGAGAAUGUAAAUGGGAAGAAAGCAAGCAUCGUUGAGGUGAAAAGGGCGAUCCAACAGCUCAUACCCCACGCUGACUGAUAGAGUAGCUAGCUAGCUGUGUACUAUUACCACGUACGUACUUUUGCGCCAUCGUGACCUGUCAUGAUGUUAAUUCCGGCACAUCGAGCGUCAGCAAGUGCAAUCUGACAUAGUAUGGUAAUCGUCGUACAAUUUUUUUUUUGUUUUAAAUAAAGAGAAGUAUGAUGAAGAGUGAAUAGCUAUAGGACAAUUGCUUCUCGUGUAUUUAGCUUUAGCAAUGGAAGAACCAAGCCAAACUGCAGCAAUUUCUUGCAGUUUACAUUGAUUCUUUUGUUAAUGCAGUCAUAAUACAAUCAAUAGCUCGAAGAACAUCUCUGGCAUUCUCU